UCAGCAUCCAACUCAGCUCACACUCCACAGAGCUCACACACAAUGGCUACUAAGCUUGUAGCUCUUGUCUUUGUUGUCCUUGUGAGCAUUGAGUUCACCAAUGCUUCGAGGAUGCUCGCUAGCUCAUCCAGUGCAGCAGGAGGAGGAGGUGGGGGAGGCGGCGGAGGUGGUAGUGAUGGUGGGAGUGGUUGGGGCUCAGGAGGUGGAAAAGGCGGUGCCUCGGGAUAUGGUGAAACCUAUUCAUGGGGUGGUACCCAGAAUAACUAUGCCCAAGGAACUGGUGGUGGAGGAGGAGUAGGGGCCGGUGGUGGUUCAUUGGGUGGAGCCGGAUCUGGUUCCGGAUCUGGCCAUGGCACCGGUACUGGUUCAAGUGGUUCGGCUUCAGCUCCCAGAGGCAAUGGCUAUGCAAAUGCUAAUGGUAAUGGAGGGGGUGAAGGCCAAGGUGCUGGUGCCAACGGGUCUAGCGGACAAGGAGCCGGAGAGGGCGGUGGUACAGGAGGUGGUGAGAGCAACGUAGCAAUUGCAUCCGCUCCCGCUGGCGGUGUUAGCUACUCUGAUGCCGGAGGCAGUGGAACCGGUGGUGGCGGCGGAAACAAUGGGAAUGGAGGUGGUAAAGGAUCUGGAGCUGGACAGGCCGGCAACGACGACACUUCUGGAGGUAGCGCCAGUGGUCAGGGUAGCGGCGAUGGUGGUGGCAUAGUUAAAGGUGUUGCUCAAGGUCCAAGUGUCGGAGUUGGUAGUGGUGUUGGCUCUGGAGCUGGACAAACCGGUAGUAGUGGUACUACUCUUGAAGGCUAUGCCGCCGGAAAUGGUGCAGGUGGCGGUGGCGGUGCAGGUAGUAGCGAUAAUGGCGGGACAGCCAGCGGUGGAGGCACCGGAUCUGGAUCCGGUGACGGAGGAUACCAUUGAUCUUCGUUUUUUCUAUCAAGCUAGAACCGGAGCCCAGCACACAUUUUUAGUCUUACCAUUCUACUAUUCCACAUCAGUUAAUUUGUCUUUAUUUUUAUGUUUCUCAUUAGGCUCCCAAUAAAGGGCUCCAUGUAAGAUUCUAGUGAAAGUUAAGCAAGAAAUUAUGAGAAAAAGCUAUAGUAUGUCA